AUGGAUAAAGAUAUCGAAGUUUAUAUCAAGAGGUGCACAUCUUGUCAAGAGGAUCGAGAUAAUGUGGAAGAAGUACCAUUAUAUCCUUGGAAUGUACCUGAUAGAGUUUGGGAAAGGGUACACAUUGAUCUGGCAGGGCCAGUCAACGGAUCUAUGUGGUUGGUAGGUAUUGAUGCUUUGUCUAAGUGGGCAGAAGUGGACUGUCUCAAGACAACAAACUCUUCAACAAUCAUUCAACGAUUGAGAUAUUGGUUUAGUCAAUAUGGAAUACUAAGUAAAAUUGUGACAGACAAUGGACCUGAAUUUGUAUCAAAGGAAAUGGAAACAUUUUUUGAGAAAAAUUCUAUCAACCACAUAAAAACAUCUCCUUACCAUCCUAAAAGUAAUGGACUUGUGGAAAGACUAAUUCGUACUUUGAAAAGACGGUUCUACACAACAAAGCAGGAUGUUGGAGAUGGAAUGCUAGCUCUUCAAAAUGUUCUUUUUAGCUACAGAAACUCGCCUCAGAAAACAACUGGUAGGGCUCCGGCAGAAUUGUUUCUCGGUCGUAGACUACCAACAGUUUUUGACAAUAUGAAAUCCAAUCUUAGGAAAAAGAUGCAGAUGAAGCUUUGGAAAGAACAAGGGAGGGUCAACAAAAAAGUUCGAACUUUUGAAGAAGGAGAAGAUGUGUGGAUUAAGAAUGAACAUGGGAAUGGUUGGUCAGCUGGAAUUGUGAAAAAUAAAAAUGGACUGUACUUAUAUGAUGUACUUUGUGGAGGUGUUAUAAAAAGGAAACAUGCUGACCAGAUGAGACAAAGAAUGGGAGCUGUUGAAUCAGUGUAA